GGGCAAAGUUCGGAUUAUCUCGCACGAAAAAGUAAAGUUGAACUCCAGGUUUUUCAAGCACAAUCUGUUAGCGAAAACGAGGCUGCAAGUUCUUCGGUCUUGGUAGGAGAGCUCUCGAACAGUAAGGGUUGUGGACUCAAAGAGGUGAAAAUUCCGACUUUUCAAGGAAACCCUGAUAAGUGGCCGUACUUUUGGGGCAUUUUCAGUUCGAUGAUUGAUCAAAACAAAACUCUGUAAAGUCCGAUCAAGUUAGCUCACUUUAAUAACCUUCUUAGUGAUAGUCAGAUGUAAUUGCCUGUUUAAUGCUAGAACCGGGUGAUUAUGAAAGGGCAGUGUAGCUAUUAAUGCAGAGAUGUUUGGUGAUCCCCGUGAACGGUUGAACGGUUCACUGAUGCCUUAUAAGCUGCUGUGUUCGCUUUGGAUCGCCCCUAUUACAAGCACGAGCUACUUAGUGUCCUCCUUUGUACGCAGUUAGUUCGCAAGCUACCCACGCCGGAGAAAGAUGAAUGGGUGCGACAAACUGAAAGUGAGCACUACACGUGUCAGAGGAUGUCAAAGGUUUAGCUGAGUGGCUCGAGUCAUGAGCUAAAACACUGCGAACGCGUGAAUGUUACAAUGAGCAGCCUGCCAUUCCCACAAAGGAUAGAUUUAGUAGAGGAUCUGUGCAGUCGUUGUUGAAGCCCCCAAAAUACUGUAUCAGUCGAUGGUCACAACAACUAAUCCAGCUUUGUUGCCUAGAAAGUGUUCACUGUGUGAUAGCGAUCGUUCAGAGGUCACAUUUCCGACUCUACUUGCACCCGACAUAGAGAAACGAUGGGACAUUGUUAAAACGAGAAAGGUCUGUUUUGGCAGUGCCGUCAAUGCCGUCAAUCCACAAAAUGUGGAGUAAAUUCAGGUGAAAAAGGGCAUUACUACCCACUGUAAAGAGGAGUUGAAACUACAAGAGUCCCUGAGCAUUGAACUGCCCACCGAGAAUGGAGAAAUUCGUUGUGCUAGACGUAAAGCGCAGAGCAACCAAACGGAUUCAGUUAAAGUUGCAUUUAAAAAGGUGACAGUCCCCUUUUUGAGUGAUUCUGGGAGGAUUUUUUCUGGCCUAAUUCUCCUGGACACCGGCAGUGAGACGACACUUGCAAACCAGCUGAGUAUUCAAGGUCCCAAGCAGAAUCUUACCGUGCAGGCCGUUGAAGAAGUUAGAACAACUGUCAAGUCACACUGAGUCAGCUUACCUUUUGUGCCCUCCGUGCCUGGACUAUUAAGAACAUACGCGCACCUGUGGAAACUGUAGAGUGGUCAGACGUCAAGAGAUGCAUUUACGUGAUGUCCUGGUGGAGUCCUUUGGUGACGAAAACAGUGGAUGUUUUACCCAGUCUAGAUGCUGCGGCCUUAAUGGUCCAGGUGGAAGUCAGACACGGACAUCACUUUGAGCCAUAUGCUGAGUUGACGCCACUCGGUUGGGUGAUCGUUGGACCAAUUUCACCUACCCGUGGUCCAGGAAAACGUGUUCUUCGUGCGCAAGUAAUGGAGGCUGAGGAUGACAUCAGCAACCAGUUCCCCAUGUUUUAG